UACUCGUUCUUCAGUUGGCAAAACGCUACUCACACAGUGUAACGCGGAAAAUUUGGAUGUCGGAUAGUGUUUCGAAACUAUUGGACAACGUUAUUCAUUGAACAGACUUCGUGAUAACACCAAACGUUAGUUUACUGAAAUGAGAUAAAUACGAUAAACGUAAUAUUUUCCAUAAUAGUCUGAGAUGACCAAAAACGGUUGCACUUGCGAAAAUGGAUAAAAAUCAGAGGAAAGAAGUGAAUAAUCCGCGUCAAAAUGCCAACCCAUUGUCCAUUCUUACAUUUUGGUGGAUCCUCAAGCUGUUCAUUAUUGGUUAUAAAAAAGAAUUGGAAGAGGAUGAUCUGUAUUCGCCAUUACGAGAAGACAGGAGUAAUUAUUUGGGGCAACGAAUCGUGAAAAAUUGGGAAAAUGAGGUGAAACGAUGUGAGAAGAAGAAAGACAAUUCAAAACCGAGCUUAUUUAGGGUACUCUACAAGUGCUUUGGUAGACUAGUCAUGAACACUGGACUAGUGCUAUUUGUUCUAGAAUUCGGCAUACGACUCGUGCACCCGUUUUUACUCGCUAGAUUAUUACGUUACUUCUCAGGGAACAGAAAAGACUGGAGCAACGACAUACAAUAUUAUGCCGCGGGUUUUUGUAUUUUACCUUUAAUAGAUAUUAUAAUUCUUCAUUGGGCCUUACAAAAUCUUAUGCAUGUGGGAAUGAAAGUCAGAGUGGCAUGUUGUACUUUAAUUUACAGAAAGAUACUUAAACUAUCCAAUUCUGUUCUCGAAAAUGAAACAUCUGCUGGACAGAUGGUUAAUUUCUUAAGCAAUGACGUUAAUAGGCUCGACUAUUUCGUAUUUGGUAUUCAUUAUUUAUGGAUUGGUCCACUUCAAAUCUUUGUAAUAGCGUAUCUUAUCUUUCGUGAAAUUGGAUGGGGAGCUAUUACAGGAAUGACGACAUUUUUAUUAUGCAUACCAUUACAGAUGUAUCUUGGAAAAAAAGUAUCGCGUUUAACUCUUGUGACAGCUCAAAAGAUUGAUAAUAGAUUAAGCUUAAUGAAUCAGAUUAUAGCUGGAGUAGAAAUAAUUAAGAUGUAUGUUUGGGAAAUACCAUACUCGCUUCUUGUGGAAAAAGCUAGAAAGAAAGAAGUGGAUGUAUUGAAAAAAUAUUCGAUCGUUGAACAAAUUGGUUUAACGUUCGAUAUCUAUGUUCCUCGAGUCUGUUUAUUUAUUACUAUAUUAACAUAUGUUUUACUUGGAAACAAUAUUGAUGCUGAAAAAGUAUUUAUGACUUCGGCAUUUUAUACUGUUUUAAAAAGUUCUAUGACUAUUGGUUUUGCUUUAAGUGUUCAUCAAUUAGCGGAAGCAUUAGUAUCUAUCAAGCGUUUAGAGAAAUUCAUGAUGCAUCCUGAAAUUUCUAAAUCACAGAAAAUUCAGAACCAAGUGGCCUCGCAAUCUAUUCCCAUUUACUUAAAAAACGUCACUGCCAAAUGGGACGAAUCUAGAGAAUAUGAUACUUUACGAAAUAUUGAUCUAUCAGUAGAAGCUGGUAGUUUCAUAGCUGUUAUUGGUCAGAUAGGUUCAGGAAAAAGUAGUUUAUUACAAAUUAUACUUCGUGAAUUGGCAUUAAAAGACGGAGUUUUAGAAACCAAUGGAAAAAUAAGUUUCGCUGAUCAACGACCAUGGAUUUUUGCUUCCUCCAUCAGACAGAACAUUCUAUUUGGACAACCAUGGAACGAAAUCCGUUACAACGAAGUAAUUCGUGUUUGUCAAUUAAAACGCGAUAUAGAUUUGUUUACACAUAAAGAUAGAACUAUGGUUGGAGAAAGGGGAAUCAAUCUAAGCGGUGGUCAAAGAGCUAGAAUUAAUUUAGCACGGGCAUUAUAUGCUGAUGCCGAUAUUUAUCUUCUAGAUGAUCCUUUAUCAGCAGUCGACACACAUGUCGGUAGUCGUAUUGUGGACGAAUGUAUAUGUGGUUUUCUUAAAGACAAAACUCGAAUCCUAGUCACUCAUCAGAUACAGUACUUAAAAGUUGCCGAUCAAAUAAUUGUAAUGAACAAUGGUAAUAUUCAAGCAAAAGGUAGCUUUGAGGAGCUACAAAAUAUGAAUCUAGAUUUUAUAAAAAUCUUCCAAGAGGUCGAAGAUAAGCAAGAAUCUAACGAAGCUGAAAUUAAAAUUGAAAAAAGGAAAACAAUGGAGGAAAUAAAGAAAAGAGAAAAUACAGACGCGACAGACGAACCCGUCGAAGUGUUGGAGAUGAGAACGGUGGGAAAAAUUUCUAGUAAAAUUUUUUUUGCCUACUGGAAGGCUAGCAAAAAUCCAUUUUUACUUCUUUUAAUGAUAAUUUUAUUUAUAUUAAGUCAAAUAAUGGCUAGCGGUAGUGAUUAUUUGCUCGCGUUUUGGGUAAAUUCAGAAGUGGCAUCGCGAAUUUUAAAGGAUAAUGGUACGAUGGUUUUCAAAUGGGUUGGUCCAUUGUCUCGUGAUGGAAUUAUUUAUCUUUAUAGUGGUUUAACCGUGGGCAUCGUUUGUAUCUAUGUAGUUCAAACAUUCACUUAUUAUGGAGUUUGUAUGCGAUCUUCAAAAAAUCUACAUGCACAAAUGUUUCAUAGUAUUGUACGUGCUGCAAUGUAUUUUUACAAUACGAAUCCUGCUGGCCGAAUAUUAAAUAGGUUUUCCAAAGACAUUGGUAUUAUUGAUAAAAAACUACCUUUUACCAUGUUCGAUGUUAUUAUAAUGUUCUUAAAUUUUAUUGGAACUAUAGUAAUUCUUGGUGAAGUAAAUGCUUGGUUAUUAAUACCCACGGGCAUCAUUAUACUUCUUUUCUACUAUAUGCGAGUUGUGUACAUUUCAACUAGUCGUGCUGUUAAACGUAUGGAGGGUAUAACUCGGUCACCAGUAUUUGAUCAUGUGGGAGCAACUUUACAAGGUUUAACUACAAUUAGAGCGUUCAAAGCUGAAAAAAUAGUAACAACGGAUUUUGAUAAUCAUCAGGAUCUUCACAGUUCUACGUGGUACAUAUUUAUCUCUAUCUCACGAGCUUUCGGUCUUUAUAUCGAAACAUUUUGUUUGAUUUACGUAGCAGUGAUUACAAUCAUGUUUUUGAUAUUUGAUGAUCUUGCCACUGCUGGAAAUAUUGGUUUAGUAAUCACACAAAUUUCUUCAAUCACUGGAAUGUUACAAUGGGGUAUGAGACAAACCGCUGAAUUAGAAAAUCAAAUUACUUCUGUUGAAAGAGUAUUAGAAUACAGUAAUUUAGAAGAAGAGCCAUUUUUGGAUAGUAUACCGGAAAAGAAACCACCGGAAGAAUGGCCUACGAAAGGUCUAGUUGAAUUCAAAAAUGUCAGAUUAAAAUAUGGACCUAAAAGUCCUUAUGUUUUAAAUGGUAUUAAUUUUGUGAUUAAUCCCAAAGAAAAAGUAGGAGUUGUUGGAAGAACUGGUGCUGGAAAGACAUCUUUAAUUAGUGCUCUCUUUCGAUUAGCAUAUAUAGAAGGAGAAAUUAUUAUAGAUGGUGUGCCUACAGAUACAAUUGCAUUGCAUGACUUCCGUUCAAAAAUCAGUAUUAUACCUCAAGAACCAGUUUUGUUUGGAGGCAGUCUUCGACGAAAUUUAGAUCCUUUUGAUGAAUAUUCCGAUAAUACUUUAUGGGAAGCUUUACAAGAAGUAGAAUUAAAAGAAACGAUCUCAGAAAUGACGGCAGGUUUAAACAGCAAAGUAUCGGAAGAAGGAUCAAAUUUCAGUGUUGGACAACGUCAAUUAUUAUGCCUUGUUCGAGCACUCGUUAGAAAUAAUAAAAUUAUGGUUCUUGAUGAAGCUACUGCUAACGUUGAUCCCCAAACUGAUUCCUUGAUUCAACAAACUGUCAGAAAGAAAUUUAUAGAUUGUACUGUCUUCACUAUAGCGCAUAGAUUAAAUACUAUAAUGGAUAGUGAUAAAAUACUUGUGAUGAACCAAGGUUAUUUAGUAGAAUUUGAUCAUCCAUAUAUUUUACUGCAAAAGAAAGGAUAUUUUUACGAUAUGGUACAACAAACGGGUACUUCAAUGGCAAAUAGUUUAACAGAAAUAGCAAAGAACUGUUUUUACAAGAAUAAAGAAGCGUCGUCUUGAUGAUGGCCCAAAUUUUAGCAACGUUCAAGUUAAAUAAUAUUUAAGCAAAAUCUUUUUGUACGUCCAAUUUAUAUUUUACUAUUUCGAACUAAUAGCUUUUGCUAAAUAUAUUAAAUGUUUUCGACGACACAAAUUUUGAACGUAUGGUGCUUAUAAAGGUAUUAUCUAAAUUAGUUUAUUAUAAUGAAAAUAAUAAUGAUCUUUUAUAACAAAAAUAUAAUUUCAAUAAAAUUCUACGAUAAU